UCAGUCUAAAAAUAUUUAGGAUGAGACUUUUACUUUUCUUUAUUUUGUUAGCAAUUUAUGAAUUAUUUGAAGCCUCGGAUUUUGCUGGCAAAGAUGAUGUUUACAAUGAAGAUCAUUUAAAAAUGCAUUUAGAAGACCAAGUGGAAGUAGGGGAGAAGAAAAUGACGCAGGAUCAAGAACGAUAUCAUUAUUUUACUAUGGCAGAUUCGAACGGAGAUGGUUUCAUUGAUGGAGUUGAAGUUUUUAAGGCCAUUCACCACGACCAUGAAAAUGGAGAACAUCUCGCUUCACAAAGUGAUAACGAAAUUGAAGAAAAGGUUGAUGGUGUAUUGAAAUCUUUUGAUUUAGAUGGUAAUUCUGUGAUUGAUUAUUCAGAAUAUAUAAAAGGAAUAGAAAGGGAAGAAUAA